CCUAAGUGCAAAUGACAGUUUCUCUUUGUUUACUUUCUCUUUCGAGUAUAACGGUCCAAUCAGCAAUCUUUCCAUCUAACACUUCACAUAGGAUUAUAGCAAAAACCAUCAACUUUCGAUAUGCACUGUAGAAUUUGUUGGAAAUUACUGGAAUUUGCCGUAAUAAUUGAAAGAGAAAGUAAACCAAGAGAAACUGUCACUUGCACUUGGGAUCUUUUCUAAUGUUCAUCGAGAAAUAACCGAAUUCGAUGACAACAUUAACGUGGAUCACUCUUUUAUAACGUUGUUCUUCGUGAUAAUGCUCCGUCGCAGUCCACCGGUGUGAAUUUUAUCUUUUGAUCCGUAGAAUUUACUGUUACAAUGAAUAAACUUCAGGUCAAACUACAUAGCACGGAUUACGAAUUUAUAUGACCUUUGAAAACUACGGUACAGUGGAGUUCUUGAAUCUUUUUUUAUCAAAACAACUUUGAAGAUGAAGCUGGUUCAUAAAAACUUAGAUAAAUUCGGCGAUGGGAGCAUUACAUUGAUUCCAGAAGAACCGGAAGACAUGUGGCAUGCCUACAAUCUGAUUGCGGAAGGAGAUCAAGUACGGAGCAGUACGAUUCGAAAGGUGCAAAAUGAAACUGCGACAGGAUCGUCAACCAGCAGUCGAGUUCGUACUACUCUUACAAUUAGCGUCGAAACAAUCGAUUUUGAUACUCAAGCUCAGGUGUUACGCCUGAAAGGUCGUAACAUAGAAGAAAACCAAUUCGUAAAAAUGGGAGCUUAUCACACCUUAGAUCUGGAGUUGAACCGUAAAUUCAUUCUCACCAAAUCGGAGUGGGACUCGAUCGCCUUGGAUCGAGUAGAGAUGGCUUGCGAUGUGACACAAAGCGCGGAUGUGGCUGCGGUUAUCAUGCAGGAGGGAUUGGCUCACGUUUGUCUGAUAACCUCCAGCAUGACACUGGUACGCAGCAAAAUCGACGUCUCCAUUCCACGCAAACGAAAAGGCAAUGUGCAGCAGCACGAGAAAGGCCUAGCGAAAUUCUACGACUCUCUGAUCCAGGGCAUUAUACGGCACGUGAAUUUUGAUAUCGUCAAGUGUGUGCUGCUCGCAUCGCCCGGAUUUGUUAAAGACCAGUUCUACGAAUAUAUGUUUCAGCAGGCCGUUAAGACGGACAAUAAGGUGCUACUAGAGAAUAAAAGUAAAUUCAUGUUGGUCCAUUCGUCAUCGGGGUUCAAGCAUUCACUGAAAGAAGUCCUACAGGAUACGGCGGUAGUAGCCAAAAUGUCCGAUACCAAAGCCGCCGGUGAGGUAAAAGUGCUUGAACAGUUCUACACCACAUUGCAGUGUGAACCCGCUAAAGCAUUCUACGGUAAGAAGCACGUAACCAAGGCAGCCGAAGCUCAAGCUAUUGAAACAAUGAUGAUUUCGGAUAAUUUAUUUCGGUGUCAAGAUGUGGCAACGCGAAAGGAAUACGUCCAACUGGUGGAUUCUGUGCGUGAUUCUGGUGGCGAAGUGAAAAUCUUCUCAAGUAUGCAUGUGUCCGGAGAACAACUAGCCCAACUAACCGGAGUAGCUGCCAUUCUUCGUUUUCCUAUGCCAGAACUGGAAGACAGCGAAGAUGAACAGAGCAACUCAGACUCGGAUUAAAAAAAGCCGACCCUGGAAAAAAUAGCAAAGCUUUCUAAUUGUAUUAUGCUAAGUUUAGACCAGUUUAUUUUUUGCUAUAACCACAACGAAACCACAUUAGAUAUUCACUUGAUCUUGAAAAAAUAACUUAUUACAUAUAAUCACUUAGCAAGACACUAAAAAAAGGGGCGUUUAACUCCCACGAGCAGGAAGUACGUAAUGGUGAUACACUUACAUCGUAUGCCAAACAGGAAAUCACCAGUCGUUAAAUAUACCUAAAGAUAAAUUGUUGGUUGACUGGUGAAAAUGUACAUAUGUUAUAAGAUAUUUUUUACUAAACGAAACCAUUCAUAGAAUAAAAACUACGACUUCGAACAGUA